CAUGGCAGGCGGAGUGGAUCUUACGCGGUAACUAAAGGCAACAUUUCAACUGAGACAGACACAAAUUCAAACACUACUAUUACUCCGCGACAAGACAUCCGCGAUGAGGGAGAGACAGAAGAAAAAGAAAGGGAGGACGUGGGCUGAAGCAGCUAAAACGGUUUUGGAGAAAUACCCCAACACGCCUAUGAGCCAUAAAGAAAUCUUGCAGGUGAUCCAAAGAGAAAGGCUUAAGGAAAUAAGCGGGACCUCGCCGUUGGCAUGUCUGAACGCAAUGCUGCACACAAACUCUCGUGGAGAGGAGGGGAUCUUCUACAAAGUUCCAGGCAGAAUGGGAGUUUACACAUUGAAGAAGGACAUCUCAGAUGUGACAAAGGAGCUGUCAGAGGAGGACUCUGAGGAGAGUAGUGACAAUCUCUCCGACUCCCAAAGCACAGAAAACAACAGCAGUGCCAUUACACAGGAGGGCAGGAGAGGAAGAUGGAUGCGAAGAGUUCCCUCCAAGUUGCAGUCGCAGCCAUCGUCUCCGCAGCCUCGGUGCUCUUCACCUUCUAUUCCCACCAGUAAGCUCAUCUCUCCCUCGCAGAAACACAGCAAGAAAGCUCUGAAACAGGCCUUGAAGCAGCAGCAACAGAGAAACCAGCGCAGGCAGGGGGGCAUGCCAGCAACCUCCAAUCCCAGACUGCUUCUGAAGACCAUCAAAGAUAUGGCUGACAACAUUACCCCCAAGCCAGACCUCUGCCACCCGGUCGUACCUAGGAAGGUUCCUCAGAGGUCAGGUCGCAUUAGUGCAGGGCAGCUGAAGCGUACCAAGUGUAAAAUAGAUGUGGAGACACCAGAUUCUAUUUUGGUUAACACCAACCUGCGGGCAAUCAUCAACAAGCACACUCUUUCGGUCCUGCCCCCAGACUGCCAACAGAGGCUGCUCAAACUUCUGCCUGAAGUUGACCGGCAGGCUUGCAUGGACGGCAUUCUGAAGGUCACUAGUUCUGCCUUAAACAAUGAGUUCUUCACAUCAGCAGCACAGUCAUGGAAGGAGAGACUGGCUGAGGGUGAAUUCACCCCGGAGUUGCAGUUACGAAUGCGCCAAGAAAUUGAGAAAGAAAAGAAAGUUGAGCACUGGAAGGAGGCCUUCUUUGAAAACUAUUUCGGUGAAAAUUCUGGGCUCAGCUAUGAGGAAUCCAAAGAGCUGACAAAGGCUGAUCUGAAUCAGGAGUCUGCCAGGCCCCAGUCCCAUCCUCAUCAGACAGGACCUGUCGCUCAAGCAAUGAAGGAAACCAAGGACAGCUGCCAGACUAAUGCUGCCGCUACCAUUGUGAAAGACACAAAGCCAACGCGGACACCAUCACAGGAGCCUCUGAAGGUGCAGCCUGCUCAGAAAGAAUCUCUCUUCACCACAGAGCCCAUGAAGACUCGGCGCUCACAAUAUGCAGAGGAUCGUAAGUUGAACACAGCAGCUCAGUCUGGGCCAACGCCUGCAGUGAAAACACCAGAGGUUGAGAGACGUGUAGAACGAAGCACAGCAGGUGCACUGCCUGAAACUGAGCGCAAAGCCGAAAUGAAGGAGAAUAAAAUUGAACUGCCCCCGUCGCCUGUCAAGAAGAGCCCUCCACCAAAGCCCAGCCCAGAGUUAAAAGAGGAUCAGCCGGUGUCUGUGGUUACGCCUGCUGAGGAGAGUGAAGAGGUCAUCCCUGAGCCUGGAGGCUCCCCAGAGACACUGAAAAGAAAGUCUACCAGUGAGACCGAGGGUGAAUUGACGCCAGAAAAAAGGCCUCGUAUGUCCUCAGUUUCCUCAGUAUCUUCAGUCUCCUCUGUAUCUCCUCCAGCAUCAUCCAUAUCCAGCCCUGCUACACCUACUCCUGCAACAAAUCAGAGAGUUCCACCACUCAAGAUUCCAGUGUCAAGAAUUCUUCCUGUUACUGUGUCACCAAGCCAAGUCUCACCCAGAGCACCCCUCCCAGCACCACUUAGCAGCCCAGGUCGCACUGGUGCUCGUACAUUGGCUGACAUCAAAGCCAAAGCUCAGCUCGCCCGAGCACAGCGAGCAGCAGCUGCCGCAGUAUCAUCUGCUUCUAAGGGAGCUGUGUCAGGCCCGGGGCCAGGUGGAGGCAGCGCUGAGCAGGCACAACCUUCCCUGAGUCCCAGCCCAACAUCGCCACAGGCAACAACGAGGUUACCAGUUAACAGCAGCAGCAGCAGUCAGACACUUUCCCACCCGCUGGACUCUAACGGUCAGCAAAGUCCAAGUGUGUCUCAAACCUUUUACUCAAGCAAGACUGACGACAAACACAGAGGUAAUUCUGCUGAAAUUGUUACUGCAGGGCUCCAUGGCAUUCAGAAGAGUUCAGACUCAUCAUCACAACUCAUUCCUUCGUCUGUGCAUACUUUGAAGGGGCAGGAAAACGCAUCAUCUGCUGGAUCAUCAACCAGGACCAGCUCCUGUAUCCCUGCAAACAACCCACUGGUCACUCAGCUUCUGCAGGGAAAAGAGGUUCCCUUAGAGCAGAUCCUCCCAAAACCUCUGGCCAAGGUGGAAGUGAAGAUGUCAAACUUCCCCUCAGGUAAUAAGGGGAAGACGUCACACUCCGCUGGUGGUGGUGGUGCUGAGCAUAAGCCUGACAAGCAGAUGUCCCUCCAGUUCAAUACAGCAGGACGGGUUUUCUCAGAAUACACAAGACAUCACAGGGAACUUCCUGAUAAGGAGACUCAGGAGCAGAUUUUACAGGCUCUAAUGCAGAGGAAAGUCCAGCAGAGCCAGCCUUAUGCAGGUCUGGGGCCUCAUCCGCCUCAGUACGAAGCCCAUCGGAUGAUGCAUGCAGAAGAAAUGAUCGAGGAAGGCAGUAAACGAGGCAAGGCCAUGGUGGAGAAGAGACAGCUCUUCAUGGAAAUGAGAGCUCAAAACUUUGAUGUUAUCAGACUGUCAACUUAUCGGACUGCCUGCAAACUCCGGUUUGUGCAAAAGAGAUGCAACCUUCAUCUGGUGGAUGUCUGGAACAUGAUCGAAGCCUUUCGUGACAAUGGGCUCAACACAUUGGACCACAACGCUGAGAUCAAUGUGUCGCGGCUGGAGACUAUCCUGUCUUCCAUCUACUACCAGCUCAACAAGCGGCUGCCCACCACCCACCAGAUCAAUGUAGAACAGUCCAUCGGGCUGCUGCUCAACUUCAUGGUGGCCACCUACGACAGUGAAAGCCAUGGGAAGCUGACAGUUUUCUCAAUGAAAGCCAUGCUGGCAACAAUGUGUGGAGGAAAAAUUGUGGACAAACUACGUUAUAUUUUCUCACAGAUCUCUGAUUCAAGUGGAAUUAUGGUGUUUGCUAAGUUUGAUCAGUUUCUUCGAGAGGUCCUGAAACUUCCCACAGCUGUGUUCGAGGGCCCCUCGUUUGGUUACACGGAGCAUUCAGUGCGGACGUGCUUCCCUCAGCAGAAGAAGAUCAUGCUGAACACGUUUUUGGAUGUGUUGAUGGCAGAUCCUCCGCCUCAAUGCCUCGUAUGGCUACCACUCAUGCACCGACUCGCUAAUGUUGAAAAUGUCUUCCAUCCGGUGGAAUGUUCAUAUUGCCGGAGUGAGAGCAUGAUGGGUUUCCGGUAUCGGUGCCAACAGUGCCAUGGCUACCAGCUCUGUCAGAGCUGCUUCUGGCGUGGCCAUGCCAAUGGUCCCCAUAGCAACCAGCACCAGAUGAAGGAGCACUCAUCUUGGAAGUCUCCGGCCAAAAAGCUGAGCCACGCAAUCAGUAAAUCUCUAGGCUGCGUCCCCAUUGGAGAGCCACCGCAUCCUGUGUUCCCCGAACAGGCUGAGAGACCACAGGAACUCACCCAUACUGUUCAGCCGAAACCAGUGGCCAACAACAUGAACGACACAAUGCUCAUGUCCUCUGGGGCACCUACUCCCACCAAAAGUGUCCUGGAGAGUCCCAGUCGGCUAGAUGAAGAGCACCGCCUCAUCGCUCGCUACGCUGCCCGCUUGGCAGCUGAGGCGGGAAACUCCACAUGUCCACCGACAGAUCUGGGAUUCAACUUUGAUGCCAAUAAGCAACAAAGGCAGCUGAUUGCAGAGCUGGAGAACAAAAACAGGGAGAUCCUCCAGGAGAUCCAGAGGCUGCGUUUGGAGCACGAGCAAGCCUCUCAGCCGACCCCAGAAAAGGCCCAGCAGAACCCCACACUGCUGACUGAACUGCGACUCCUCAGACACAGGAAGGAUGAGUUGGAGAGGCGCAUGUCGGCCCUGCAGGAGAGCAGACGGGAGCUGAUGGUGCAGCUGGAGGGACUCAUGAGGCUGCUAAAGGAUGAGGAGCAGAAGCAGGCUUCCCAGUCUGGAGGCUCCCCUCAUUCUUCCCCCAGUCACGGUGCAGGCUGCUCCAUGCCCAUGCCCAUACGCUCCACCUCGGCUGGGUCCACACCAACUCACACACCGCAGGACUGCCUGGCAGGGGUGGGAGGGGAUGUGCUGGAGGCCUUCGCUCAGGGUGUACCUAGAAAUCUUCGGAAUGAUCUAUUAGUUGCUGCUGACUCAAUCACAAACACCAUGUCAUCCCUGGUGAAAGAGCUCCACUCAGGUUAG